AUGUCGGACGUCACAGACUUUUCCGACUGGGCUUCCACACAAUUUCCAGGUCUAGCGGAACUUGACUCGCUCCUUCGAUGCUUUAUCUGCAAAGACUUCCUCCGGGCGCCGGUACUGACCAGUUGCGGCCACACGUUUUGCUCGGCAUGCGUGCGCAAAUACAUCUUUGACAACGCCAAGUGCCCAUUGUGUCAGACGGAACAGUACGAGAGCGGGUUGAAGAGAAGCAUUUUGUUGGAAGAGAUCGUGUUGUGCUUCCUGAAACAGCGACCGGACUUGCUCCAGGUGCUACAGAAGCGGAUUAGACCCAAGGCCGACGCACACGUGUAUGAUAACACCUCUUUGAUUGUGGAGGUAAAGUCGGAUGAGAUAACUGAUGACUGGAAGGAGCAAACGUCUGUUGCUGUUCCCUUCAGGCAGGAAAUGGUCGAGUGUCCGGUCUGUUCCAGCAUCAUGUCGGCGGAGGACCUUCAAACGGAGCACAUUGACUACUGUUUAAACGGGGAUACGCCGCCUCCUAAGAUUCAAAAGCGGCCGCGGUCCUCCUUCUUUCCUAAAUCAGCAACUCCCACAAAGUCUCCACCGUCUGUUCCUUCAGUGUCCCCUCCGCCUACCGAACCGGAAACUACGAAUUCUGAUUUCUACUUUAACGAGGCCGAGAAACACGCACAGAGCUCCGAGUCCCGAAAGUUACCAAAACUCAACUAUAUGGCGCUAAAUAACCUCAAGCUCAAGGAGAAGCUUCAGUCAUUGGGAAUUUCAGCCGUCGGCACGCGGCCGCAGCUUGAAGCCAGAUACAACGAGUACUACAUUUUAUUCAACUCGAACUUGGAUAGUAGUCAUCCCGCAUCGGAAAGAGAACUACGUCACAAGCUCAACCAGUGGGAAGCCCAGCAAACGUCAAAUGGAAAUGCCAGCAGCGUCUUGUCCAUGUCCCGGACUAGCAACGCGCGGUAUAUGAAUAUCGAAAGCAAGGAGUUUGAUAAGAAGGGCUGGAACUGGAAAUAUAGUGCCGAGUAUAGGGAGUUGAUCGAGCAAGCCAAGGAGCACGCUAGAAGAAAGCGGAAGGUG